CGUUUUGUCUUCCACUUCUUUGUUCAUAGAUUUGGGUGGUUGUAGGAAGCUCUGAACAGCAAGCCACAAGAGCCUAUCCUAGAAGGCUGGGAUGCUUUCCCCAAAACCUUGGUGGUCCCACUUGCCAUUGCCUGCUAACAUUCCUUCAGUCUGAAUCUUCUUGAGGCUCCUGGGGGCCUGAACUUACACACGAUGCUGUCUCUCCUCCGUUUUUAGUUCCAACUUGGCUGCAGUUUUUUUGUUUUUUGUUUUGUUUUGGAACCAGCCAUUCCCUGCGUAUGGUUGGUAUAUGAAGCUUUCAGGCACAACAGAGAUGGGUCAGGACCAGACAAAACAGCAGAUAGAAAAAGGACUCCAACUUUACCAGUCCAGCCAAACAGAAAAGGCUCUUCAGGUCUGGUUGAGGGUUUUGGAAAAGAGCACAGAUGCUGCUGGCAGGUUUCGAGUGCUGGGAUGUCUCAUCACUGCCCAUUCAGAGAUGGGCAGGUACAAAGAUAUGCUGAAGUUUGCAGUUGUGCAGAUUAACACAGCCCGGGAGCUGGAAGACCCCGACUACCUUACAGAGAGCUACCUGAAUCUGGCACGGAGCAAUGAGAAGCUCUGUGAAUUCCAAAAAACUAUCUCCUAUUGUAAGACCUGCCUGAGCAUGCAAGGUACUACCAUGAGCCUGCAACUGAAUGGCCAGGUCAGCCUCAGCAUGGGCAAUGCCUACCUUGGCCUCAGUAUCUUCCAGAAGGCACUGGAGUGUUUUGAGAAAGCCCUCCGCUAUGCACACAACAAUGAUGACAAGAUGCUCGAGUGCCGUGUCUGUUGCAGCUUAGGAAAUUUCUACACCCACCUCAAAGACUAUGAGAAAGCCCUGUUCUUCCCAUGUAAGGCAGCUGAGCUGGUGAACGAUUAUGGAAAGGGCUGGAGUCUCAAGUACCGUGCAAUGAGCCAGUUCUACAUGGCUGUGGCCUAUCAGAAGCUGGGGUGCCUGGCAGAUGCGAUGGAAUGCUGUGAGGAGUCAAUGAAGAUUGCUCUUCAGCAUGGCGAUCGUCCUUUGCAAGCACAAUGCCUGCUCUGCUUUGCGGAUAUCCACCGCAGCCGUGCAGAUGUACAGACAGCUUUCCCUCGCUAUGAUUCCUCCAUGAACAUCAUGACUGAGAUUGGAAACCGGCUGGGACAGAUUCAGGUGUUGCUUGGUGUGGCCAAGUGCUGGGUGAUUCAGAAGGAACUGGACAAGGCACUAGAAAGCAUUGAGAAGGCUCAUGAGUUGGCAGAGGGACUUGGCAACAAGCUUGGUCUGCUGAAGAUUCACUGCUUAUGUGAACGGAUCUAUCGCACAAAGGGGCUGCAGCAGGAGCUUCGCAACCAUGUGGUGAAGUUUCAUGAAUGCGUGGAAGAAAUGGAGCUUUACUGUGGCAUGUGUGGUGAAUCCAUCGGAGACAAGAACCACCAGCUCCAGGCACUGCCCUGCUCACAUGUCUUCCACUUAAAGUGCCUCCAGACCAACGGGACACGUGGUUGCCCCAACUGUCGGCGCUUAUCCGUUAAACCAGGAUUUGUGUGAUCUGUCGAAUCCGUGAUUUAAGAAAGCUCAUUUCAUAGGCUGUAAAAAGCAGGCCAUUGGAUCAUUUCUGGUACAUGAUAUGGAGAGGGGGAACCCAUGGUGC